AUGUGCGUAAUCAACUUUGUUUAAAUCCAAGUCUUUUUAUUUCGUGACAUCUUUAUUAAAAUCGGUGAAUUCAAAUUAUUUUCUAGAAAUUAAACAAAAUAAUCAUUAGUCAUCCAUCCUAUUCAUUUACAAUAUCCAAAAAAUCCAAUUUACAAAAAAAGGUUUUUUAUUAAUUAUUCUAUGUAGAGUCACCAAAGGUUUUUGAUAAUGAAUAUCAUUAAAGAUAUCAAGAAAUGUUUAAUAAGUGAAUAACACGACUCUUUUGACAUUCUUAUGUAGAAUAAUUAAGUCUCCUACAUUUUUAAUUUUGAUCUCUAUACUAAGUCUUUUCCAAAUAUUUAAGUUUAACUGCCAUUUGUACCUUAAGAAAAAAUAAGUCUUUAUUCUCAUAUAUAUGUUUAUGUUUUAAUAAUACGAUUAAGAAUUAAGGAAUUCAGGACCUAUGUUUUAUUGAAUAAUAUUAAAUAGUUUAAUUUUAUAAUUGAAAAUAGAAUUUAGAAUUUACUAUUAAAAAUCGUUAUACCAGAUAACAUUGUAAUAUCUUAAAAAAAGAGAAUAAUAUUCUUUGAAUUCAUUGGUAUCAAGAGGUUGUGCUGA